UAUGUAAUUUAAAAUUUAUUUAUUUGCCACCAAAUCUUUAAUAUUUAAUCCCCUACCUUUCAAACAUUUUAUUUAUGGUCAGAUCAGACAGAGGGAGAGGUUCGGUUGGGAUGUUUCGGCGAAAGUUCUGAUUUUUCCAAUCACGUUCUGUUUCUCCUGUCCAGUUUUUCAGCUGCGCUGGAUCUCCGAUUCUCGUUUUCUCUGAACCGUUCUCCGCCGCCCAUCCUCCUCUACCUCUUCAACUCCAAGCUCCGUUUUUCAGUUAUCUUAUUUCUUGCAUUGGAAAGUUCUUGCCUUCAUCUGGUCUUGGGGUCAUCUUGCACGGGCUCUUCCUCUGGAGUUUCUGGAUUGAUUGUUCAUGCGGGUUCUUCUUACUUGUUCAAAACGAGAUUUUAGAUCAGUUCCUCGCAUUAAUUACAAGGAUAGCUUCGAAGAGCCAUGGACCUAGCCCGAAUAGAAUCAAUCCAUGAUAGAGAAGUGGAUGACUUGGACCGAGAAUCCUCUGCUGCCUCUCCUUUCCGGGAGACCCGGCAGCAUCGCACCCAUUUCCCUGGUACUGUAAGACGGACAGCCUAUAGAUUCGACGGGCAAGGGGGAUCUUUCGAGAAGGAAUGGGAUCUCGUUGAAGGUAAAGGGGACGAGUUCUGUUGGUACCAUGUUGAACUCCCGAAAGGGAAUCAGAAACUCUCUCAAUCUGCUCAGUACCUGAUCGAUGUCCUUUGCCCACCCUUGAAGCUCCAGGAUAUCCUCUCAUUGGUUAGUAAUGGACCUUUCUGUGGGCACGUGGAUGGGGCCCUCAUAUUUCGGGUCAAUUCCCCGGGACCACCCUCCGGCAGCUUCACAUUCCGAAUCGCUGCGAGGGUUACAGAGAGUUCGGUCAUUACUGUAUCCCUGGGUCGGGUUCCACGACUAGGUUUCUCAAAGGUGGGGGAGUCACUUUUGUCUGAGGUUCCAAGACUCGAGAACCCGUCAUAUGCAAGAGGCGAGCGGAGGGAAGGGGGAGGGACUGUGAUUAAGGAGCACGUUCUAGAGUUCUUUUUGACAAUGAACCACUCUGAAGAGGCCGACAACCCAGUUCCAAAAUCAGUAUCGAACCUUGUAGUUCAUAUUAUUGAUACGCACGUGGACCACGUACAAGAUGUCCUUACAAAGCUUGAGAUGGAGCUUGAUUCUGUGGAGCUUGAGUUGGACAAAGGUGGUUUUGCUUUGAAGAAGCAGAUGCUAGACGAUAGAAGAUUUCCAAAGAUGCACCUUGACUUGCAACGGUUGUUGCAGGUGAUUGCACAUGGCGAACAAGUUUUCCCGCGAGUGAAAGAAAAAUGUUCUUCAAAGACGUGGUUUGGGAAUGAAGAUAUUGGCUCGCUUGAGGAGUUGAUUGGACGACUUAGAAGGCUGAAGGAGAACGUGGGAUUCAUAGCAAACCGGGUGACUGCGAUUCAGGCUGGUCUUGACAGUUGGCAAGCUGAGCAGAUAAACCGAAAGUUAUAUUAUCUAUCGUUUCUCUCUAUAGUUUUCCUUCCCUUGUCCAUCAUCACUGGAGUGUUCGGCAUGAAUGUUGGUGGAGUUCCCUGGACGGAGCAGAAGAACCCGGCAUUGAAAGAUGGCUUCCGCAAUGUUUUAUUGUUGUGUGUGGGAACGCUAUUCUUCGUGCUGCUCUGUUUCAUCUUUCCUGCAUUAUACAGUUGCUUGGCCUCAUGGAGGAGGCGAAGGACGGUCUGGAAAAGUUGGUCAGAUCUCAACAGAAAAUCAUUUCUCAAGAGAACUCGUGGGGCGGCCGUCCAAGAUCGAAGAGGUUACCUCAGGAUAUGAUAAAACAAUGAAAACUCGGAACAGCUACCCUGCCCGGUAGAUAGUUACGGCUUUCCUUUCCAUGGAAGGGAGGAUGUGUCAUUCAUAUUCCCCCAACUUUUGUUAUGGGGAAUUCACAGAUCGAGUCUUCGUGCCUCAAUUUUAUUCAUUGUUUUAACUUGUCUGUUUGUUCGACGGCUGUCGCGAAAAAUUCUACGGUCCAUGAACUGGACUGAUCAUAUUAUGUACAGACUUCCCGUAAGAUUUAACAAUUGUAGAAGUUCGAAUACUUAGGGAGACGAAUACGUACACUGCAAAUGCCACGAACAGACCCAAAGGUAGAGUUUCUAAUUCCCCUGCGAUAUGAUUCCAUCUUCAUCUUUCUUCC